AUGGAAGCUACAUCUUCCAAAAGACCAAGACAAACCAAAUCAUCCGCCCGCCGUCGGAAGCCUAGAUCUCCAUCACCUCCAUCUAGAUCUCCCUCACCUCCAUCUAGGUCCCCAACACCCCCAGCCGACCCGUCUCAUUUUGGUGUCGUAUGUCUUGGCCCAGUUCAACAGGGCAAACUUGAGUCAUUCCUUAAACGAGGUCAUGCCAUCCAAAAAUUCGCGCAUGUUCCAACUUUGAAAGAGUUGCAUGUUUACAAUCAAGUCAAAACCCUGUUUCGCAACAUAGGGUGGCACGGCUUGUUGAGGGUCCAUGAAUUGAGCUAUAAAGUCCCAACUGCUGAGUUUCUAUCCUCAGUUUAUUUAGAUCAUGGGAUCCUCUACUUCCGUCUAAUGAAUCAAGACUAUGAGAUCUCCUUGGAUCAAAUCAAUGCCAUUGUGGGGGCCCCAACGGAAAACACAUUUGGCCCCACUGAUCCAAUCCAAGGAUACUAUGACAUGACUUGGUGGACCCAGCUCACCCAAUUACAUCCAUAUGUCUCUAGCGCUGCUAAAGCCUCAUCACUUAUCCAUCCUGUGAUUAAGGUAGCUCACAGAAUCAUUGCUUCGCUCGUCGCCCCUAGAGAGGAGCGAAGCACCAUUAGCGCGCUGGAACUUAAAAUCCUUUAUGCAAUGACCCAUCCCGAGAAUAACCUCAUUCCUCAUUAUGGUCGGUUUCUGUGCCACAAGCUCAUCCGCCUUAGCGCAUCCCGAUCAGGAAAGAUUGUUUGCGGGGGUAUUGUCAGCAUGCUCGCCAAGAGCGCCCACAUCCGAGCCCCAUACCCCGGUCCCCACCAGCCACUGCCGGGUGAGCCUUAUCUCACCACCGCUAUCCUUGAGUCCAUGCGACUCUUCCGCUCGGCAGGCGAUGGUACACACCACUGGACCGUGGGUCAAAAUCAUGAUCCCAAGCUCCUCAUCACACCAGAAAAUAAAGGCAUUCUUGAUUUCCGAAAUCCCAUUCAUAUGACUGAUUGGCAAAUCAUUCCAUACAUCUUCCCCCACUCUUAUUCCACCGAGGUCGAUGAGCAAAGCGAAGAAAACGAGGAAAGGUGA